UUUGAUUUCUUUUUGUUUUUGGAACAAUUGAUUAGUUUUUUUUUGUUCUUUUCUAUUUCAAUGAUUGAUUUAAUCAACAGAUGAUUGGAAAUGUUUUAAUAUCAAGAGAGUAAUGAAAAGAUAUUUGCUUAACAUAAAAGGUUAAUCUAUUUGGGAUAAUUAACCGAUUACACUGGAAACAAUAUGUUCGGGAUUGUACCACAGGAGAAACAAAAGCUAAUCAUGAGAUCAAUUUUUGGAAUAUUCUUUGGAGAGAAUACUAUGGUUUCUUGUGAAAUGAAUGUUAUAAUUCACACGAUAAAUUGGUAACCAUUGAAGCUUAACAUUCACACACAUCCAAUAGUUACAGUUAUUGGAGGUGAAAACAAAACUAGGAGAAUAUGAAGAAAAAACAAUAACAAUCCACCAAUGGAGUUGAUGAAUUUUAAUAUUACAACAAUUUAAUCAUGUGUUGAUAUGUAUCGAGAUUAAAAGGGAAACCAUUAAGUCUCGUAAUUCAGGACCAUAACAGAUAGUAACUUACACACGGGAAAAAAAGGCCAACAACAAUUAGAGAGACUGUAAAAAUUAAUCAAAUUGUUUGUGUGUGUGUGUGUGUGUGUGUAGUUUAAGUGUAUUAUUAUUAACCUGUAUUGACUAAUUAACUAACCAGUGCCCUGAUUGUUCCAGGUGAAAUUAUUUACCUGCAGCAAUAAUGAUAAUAAUUUUUGACACUUUACACUCGCAGUGAACACAAUGUUGUCGUAGUGACUGUAGUCAAGGAUAAUCAUCAUGGUGAUAAACAAAAGCAGCAGAAGGAGAAACAACAACAACAAUAACAAGGACAAGAACAGUUGAUUUUAACUGUUGAUGAUUAAAAAAUAAAGACAUGGUAAUAAAGUUAAUCUACUAACUACAGUUGGCAUUCUGGAUAAUGAUGAUUAGGAUAAAACAGUAAUCAGAACGUGUCGCCAGUUGAUAAACCUGUUGAUUGUGUGUGCAUAUGUUAAUUGUUGCCUUCGAUGAUCAAGUUUUUACUCUUGAUUAUGAUUAUGGUGAUGAUGAUGAUGAUGAUGAUGAUGAUAGUCUUUUUGUCUUCAAGGUUGUUGUGUUGUUACAAAUAACCUUCCCUGAUCCCUUGAUACUCAACCUUAAGAUUUUGUCCCUCUAAAAGUCAACCUGUUGCUUUGCAAUGUUAAUCAUGGUUAUCAUUGAAUUGAUCGCUGUCCUUUACAUUCAAUUGUUAAUUACCCACAUUAAUGAGUAUUUAAGUGUCACUGAAUUAGCUUUUGUUGCGUUAUCUGUAUUAAUGAUGCAUAAAAUUAAUAAUAUUUAUCAUAAUGAUGAUUUACCUUUUUCUCACCUGUCUUUUCAAUCUGAUUCAUUUUCAGUUUGAUUAAGAUUGAUUUGGUUCAAUUUUUCAUUAUAUUGAAAUCUACUAAUUAUUACUUAAUUGUAACAGAUUUUCAUUGAAAUUUGAUAGUAUUUAUUAUAAUAUUAUUGAGUUUCAUUGAAAAAAUUUUCCUUCUAAUUUCUGAUCUUAAACGAUAAUUGAAAUGCAAAAGGUUUUUUUUUCUUUCUUCAACAAGUGCAACAAUUUAUGAUCAAAUUGUUGCAAUUAAAAUGCUUUAAUUGCUUGUACAUUUGGUGUAAUAUCGAAGGAAAAGUUUUUCGAUUGAAAAAACGACUUUUCUUGCAGAAAAUGAUGAAGAUUAAGUUAAGAACGAUGAUGAUGAACGUAUUGGGAUGAUGACAAAGAUGAAGAAUAUGCAUAAAUGUAAGGGAGAGAAAUCGAAGAUGAUAAUUCUAGAGGGAAAGGGGAACAAAGGGGGAUCCGACGGAAGGAUAGAGGACAAGAUGAUGGAAAAGAAAGAGAAAGAGAAAGAGAGAGAAUUGAAGAAAGGGGAAAAAUUGGGAGGAGGAAAGAGGGUGAACCGUUUAUGAGUCCACAGUGGAAAAGGUUAGCAUCUGCCUUUACAUUGAUCAGUUAUCAUUGGUUUUGCUCACUCAGGCCACUUUAUCCCUAUGGCUUCUUACUCUCUCUCUCUCCUUAUCAUCUUCGUCUUCUCUUUCUAUCUUCUCUUUCUUUCACCUGCCCGACCAAAGAUGAAGAUGAAAACGAGCCACGAGUUAGGGCGGUAAUAGAGUGAGAGCAGAGUAAAGAGAGAGAGAGAGAGAGAGAGAGAGAGAGAGAGAGAUGAUAAGGAAGAUAGGCAGAGAGAAGAGAAAGAGAGGAGGGUGGAUGAUAAGAAAGACUCUUUCUUUUCUCCCUUACGAUCGACGGUAAGUUAGUAGUUAUUGGUAUGAAGGUUACAUCGACCGAUCAGUUUACCUUUGAACCGAGUCGAGUUAACAUCGAACAGAAAGUUUUCAGUUUUUUUUUUCAUUCUGUUUUUUUCUCCAUCAUCUUUGAUCAUCCUCAUCAUUUUCAUCAUUCCAACCAUCAUAUCAACAUCUCCUCUCAAUGUGCCAGUAAACUAAUUCACCAACUAAUCAACUAUCAAAUUUUAAAUUGUUAGUGUUUAAUUGUGAAUCUUUUCAUCUAAAUUAAUUGUUAUUCCUAAACUAACAUAACAUUGGAAACUAACCAAAAAAAGCAAAACAAUUUUAAUUGUUGUGAUUUAUGAAAAACUGUGAAUUGUGAUUUAACUCAACAAUCAACUGUUAAUCAACGGUGUGCCAUUAUAAAGUUGCCAUAUAUUAAUACAAUUAAUCAAUUUAAUCAAGUCAAAGAUGCCUCGUAGUUUUUUAAUUAAAAAAUCAACCAACCAAACAACAACAACGACCACAUCAUCAACCACAACAGCAAUUAACGAUGAUUGUCAGAAUGAAAAUUACAAUUACAAUAGCAAUGUUCCAUUUGAUUUGAGUACGAAAAGUCGUAAAUCUGAACAUUCUGAAUCUCUAGCAACCUCUGGAUCUUCUGGAUCAUCUUUAUCAUCCCUUUCAUCGUUAUCUUCAUUAUCUUCCGCUGAUGGUCAUCAUUCUGGUCACUUGAAUGGAUCAUCUUCACCUUCCACCUUGACACCUCCUCCUGCCAUCACUGCUAAGACAGUUUAUCCUUCAACAUCAUCAUCAUUUCAAUCUGGUGCUGGUGUUUCAGGCUCUGGUUCCCCUCGAGGGGCAUUCAUAGCAUCCUCAUCAAGUCUACCCACCAAAGCGGCAUUAGCACCUUUGGAACCACUUAAUAUUAAUAAUGAACCUGAUCAGAUUCCCUGGUCACUGUCCGUUAAAUCAACGACAUCAUCUUCCGCAUCCGCUUCUCAUCAUUUACCUCUUCAUCCUCAUGCAGUUUUUUCAACUCUUUACACACCUCGAGAUGCUCAUUACCUUUCUAAUCAUCAACCUCUUGCUAAUUAUCAUCAUCAUCCUUCACAUAUACCUUCAGCUCAUCAUACUGCCGCUCAUCAUCAUCCUGUUUAUCAUCAUUCAUCAUCACCUUCAAGUCCAUCUUACCUAAUCUCACCACCUCGAACACCUUAUUCACGAGCCGCUUUAUCAUCCCCACCGUUACCACUUACAUCUCACUCUCAUCAUCCUUAUCAUCAUCGUCGCUAUGGAUCAUCUUCAUUAGUCUCAACUCUUCACCGAUCUGAUUCAUGCUCAUCAGCUGACCUUCAUUCACCCAGAGACUCUGAAGAAGAUGAGCCCUCCCACCAUCAUAUUCAUCAUCAUCAUCAUCACUCACAACACCGACAUCAACGUACUUUAGUAUUAGCACCAAUUUCAUCUGCUCGAAGUGGAUCAGCAUCAUUCUUACAUUCCCCGGUCAACACUGCUUCCAAUGAUGAACAAGACACACCCGAUUUAUCCUCAUCUUCAUCUCUCUCAUCAGCAUCAUCUCUUUCAUCAACACACUCACACUCCUCGAAACUUUCCUCAUCAGGUCAACUGAAAACCUCUUCCUCUUCCUCGUUCGAUGAUAAAUGUUCAAUAAGACCAUUAAAGAUGCGGAAAAACGAGACUGGUUCCCCACAACCGAUAACAUUUUCCUCAUCCUGUUUAUCAUCAUCUUCACCUAAUGAAAAUAUUUCCCCACGAUCACCAACCCCAAACACCAACAAAUCCUCAACAUUAACGGUAAAUAAAAACGCAACCACCUCCUCUUCAAAUUCAACAACAACCCCGCCAUCAAAUUCAGCACCUCGAUACCAAUGUCCCGAUUGUAAGAAAAGCUAUUCAACCUGUUCGGGUUUAACUAAACACCAAGAAUUUCACUGUUCAACUCAGACCAAAAAGUCAUUCUCAUGUAAAUCGUGCGACAAAGUUUAUCAUUCCCUUGGUGCCCUUAAAAUGCACAUACGAACCCACACUUUACCCUGUAAGUGUACCCAAUGUGGUAAAGCCUUUUCCCGUCCCUGGCUACUUCAAGGUCACAUGAGAACCCACACCGGUGAGAAACCCUUUGCCUGUACCCAGUGUGGCCGUAAAUUUGCCGACAGGUCAAACCUUCGUGCCCACUUUCAGACCCAUUCUGAUGUUAAAAAAUACGGUUGCAAGGCUUGUGGUAAAACCUUUAGCCGAAUGUCACUUUUAACCAAACAUCAAGAUAACGGGUGUCCAAGUAAAAGCCUUAAUCCUUCAUCAUCAUCAACCACAACACCAACCUUAUCUUCAUCAUCAUCAGUAUCAUCGGUAUCAUCUUUAUCAUCUCUAUCAUCUGUAUCUUCAUCUGCAUCAUCACCAAACAAAACUAUCAACAAAUAACUUUUUACCAAUUGUAACAAUCACAAUUAUUAUUAACUUAAUUGUUAUAUUAUAUACAUAAUAUUAUUAUCCUGGCCUUUAAUUAUCCAAUUGGAUGAUUUAAUUCAGCUCCAAUUCAUUAACAUUCCGGUUGAUUCAAUUGUUGACAAACUUUGGUACUAACAAUUAACUUGCUAAUUGUUUUUUUACCAAUCGUAUUAAUAACAACAUUUGAUCAUCAGACUUACAAUUAACUAAUCAUAUUAAUAUUAUUAUAUUAUUAAUAAUCUUCCCACCAAUCGAUCAUGUUAAUUGUUUCAAUCUAAUAAUCGUUUAAUCAAUUGGGAAGAUUUGCAACAAUUAAUUAAGAGAAACAAGAAAACAAUUAAUUGAUUACAAUUAACUCUUCUCGAAGAAAAAGCAACAUAAUUGUUAUUAAUUAUUACUAAUUAAUUAAUUAUUAUCUCCCCCUCUCUAUAUUAUGUAAAUAAUCAUCAACAAUUAACAACAAUUAAGUCGAGUCACAAAAAUUGAAUAACAUUCACAUUCAAACAAUUAAGUUAAUCACUUCAAUCAUGAUCAUAUUAAUAACAUUGUUAAUCUUGAAUUUAUUUUCUACAAUCAACUUAAUCAUAAUCAGAGCACAAUUAACUGUUUUUAAUUUAAAUCACUUUGCCCCUGAACAAAAAAAAACUAGUCUGAUAAUAUCAAUUAACGAUCAUAAUAAUUAAUUAAUUGCAUCACAAUCAACUUAAUUUCCCUUACACAAUGUAACUUUCAUUUUAAUUUCCUUCUCAUUUAAGAUAAACCUUAAUUAUCAACAAUUAACUUUUAAUUUACUUUCUAUAUUUUACUUAAUCAUUAGAAGUUUUUUUUUUGCAAACAAUUAACUUUCUAAUCACAGUGACAAUUGAACAACAAUUAACCAAACCACUGAAAGUGAAUUCAAACUGUGCCAUUUCAAUACUCGCUAAUUGUUUGAUACCAAUUGGAUUAAAUUAAUUAAUCCAAUGAUUAUUGUCCAAAUUAAAUCACAAUUAGUAUUUUUUGCUCCUUCCACAAUUUAAUCAAUUGUAAAUAAAUCAUCAAAUGUAUAAAAAUUGAUCGUCACAAGAAAAAUUAUUAUCAACAAAUCACAUCAAUAAACAAAACAUUCAAAUCACA